AUGAAGAAAAGCAAUGCGCCCACCUCCAGGAGGGCUGAGAUCCAGCGGCUGUACCAGAGCUACACUGCAGGCUGCACCACGCUGUCUGCACCUGCCCUCCUGAUGUUCCUCCACAAGGAGCAAAAGGAGCACACCGCAGACGAAGAGACGGCACAGAGUCUGAUUGACAGAUACGAGAUCGAAGAGGCGGCAGUAAAAGCCAGAGCCAUGACGUUUGAAGGGUUCCUCAGAUACAUGGAGUCCAAAGACUGCUGCGUGUUCAACCAGCACCACACGUCUGUGUACCAGGACAUGGACCAGCCUCUCUCCAGCUACUUCAUCUCCUCGUCUCACAACACCUACCUGACUGGAGAUCAGCUGACAGGGAAGAGCCACCUCGAUGCCUACAUUUGCGCUCUGAGCAAAGGCUGCCGCUGUCUGGAGAUCGACUGCUGGGAUGGUCCAGGCAUGGAGCCGGUAGUUUACCAUGGCUACACCCUCACCACCAAGAUCCUUUUUAAGGAUGUCGUCGCCACCGUGGCUCAACACGCCUUCCAGGUGUCUGCUUAUCCACUGCUCCUGUCUUUGGAGAACCACUGCAGCAAGGAGCAGCAGGAGGUCAUGGCCCGGCACCUUGUCUCCAUAUUGGGGGACAAGCUGUUGACAUCUCCCUUAGACCAUGUCACCAGCGGAGACCUGCCAAGCCCAAACGACCUGAAGCAUAAGAUCCUUAUCAAGAACAAAAAGCUAAAGCCUCAGAUUAAGACAGAGGAUGCAGCAGAGGCCGAGGAGAGUGCAGAUGAGUGUGAGGAUGAGGAGGAAGAGGAAGAUGAGGAGGAGAAUCAUCAGACCAAAGCUAGGUUCUGGUCUUCCAGAAAGGCAGGGUUAAACAAGAAAGUAAGUCAGGCUUUAUCCAACCUGGUAAUAUACACGGAGUCUGUCAAGUUCAUCAGCUUCAGUCACUCCAAGGACAAUCAAAACUGCUACGAGAACACAUCCAUCGCAGAGAAGAAGGCUCGCAAGCUGGUGAAAACCUCAGGUACAGAGCUAAUACAUCACAGAGGAGACGAUUUAUCGUCUUGUAAUGCUGAAUUUCUUUCAUCUUGUUGCUUUGUGGCACCUUGUUUCCAUUGUUCUGACACUGUCCCAUAUCACUUUGCAGUGGCGCUCAAUUUCCAAUCACUGGGCUUGCCCAUGGACCUUAAUGACGGCCGUUUCCAAGACAACGGGGGCUGUGGAUACGUCCUGAAGCCAGCUGUGCUCAUGUCCAGUGAGAGGGGCUUUGAUCCAAGCUCCAGCCAGCGCCGCCCCAAACUCACUCACCUGCUGCUGAAGGUGAUUAGUGCAUCCAAUCUCCCCCUCCUCGGGACUGGUAAAGCUCUGGACCCCUUUGUCAGAGUGGAGAUUCAUGGGCUUCCAUCAGACUCCUGCAGGAGAAACACUAAAACAGUCAGAAACAAUUCUUUGAGUCCUCACUGGGACGCCAACAUGAACUUCAGCCUCCACGUCCCCGAGCUCUGCCUCGUCCGGUUCUGUGUGCAAGAUCAGACCGGCCUUUGCAACAGCGAGUUUGUGGGCCAGUACACGCUGCCCUUCACCAGCUUGAAGAAAGGCUACCUGUGGGUGCCUCUGCGGGCCCGAGACGGAUGCAGUCUGGAUCCAGCCUCCCUCUUCGUCUACGUUUGGUAUUCCUAA